AUGAAAUCUAAAUAAAUGUGAAAAAGUUAUUCAUAUUGGUAAGUGAUCAUAUUAUGGCAUCUAUGUCCUGCAACAGCCCGACAGUGACUAUGUUUACACUUCCCGCCUCCCCUAGUUUACCAGGUUAAGUUGUUAUCAACGGUUUGGACACUCAAGGACAGGAAAAAGGUUUUUAGUUUUUCACAACCUUCUAUUCCUCGUUUGUUUCUUGUUUAACAAAUGGCCCAGAGAUAUUUUGAAGGGGUGGCCCAUGCCAAUUUGUACGCGAAAUUUCGCCCUAGUCCGCCGCAAAAUCUUGGAAAUGAAAUAAUUGGUUAUCUUAAAAAGAAGUACACUGGAGACUUGAACCUCUGUUUGGACGUCGGAUGUGGAAAUGGGCAAAGUAGUAAUAUUUUCUCGCCGUACUUUCAAAAGGUGAUUGCCACAGAUGCAAGUCCUGCUCAAGUUGAAGUUGCAAAUUCUAUGAAUCAUCCAACAAACAUCACCUUUGUGGUUGGUGUUGCUGAACAAUUGCCAGUUAAAGAUGGAUCAGCACAAAUUGUUACUGCCAGCCAAGCCUGCCACUGGUUUGAUCUAGCCUCGUUUUUUAAGGAAACUAAAAGAGUUUUGUGUCCAGGUGGUAUUGUUGCUCUAUCAGGAUAUACCUUUCCUAAGUUUUUACAUCCCACAAAAGCAGAUGAUUUAGAGAAGGCCUUUGAUUUGCUGUAUCAUAAAAGGACUGGCUCAUUUUGGGGGAAAGGCCGUGAGCUUGUAGAUAAUGAGUAUUCUGAUAUAGCACUACCCUUUAAGGAUUUCACAAGGGAGGAAUUCUGGACUGACCCAAUCACCACUACUAUGUCAGAAUUUGUUGGCUACAUUACUACUUGGUCUGGUUUUCAAAACUAUUGCAAAGUUCACGGACUAAAAGCAGGAGAAGAAAUCCUGGAAGAAUUUACAUCAAGCUGCCUGAAAGCGUUCGAAAACUACGAGGAAAACGCGCAGCUUUUAAUUACACGAAAAUACUUUCUUUUGAUGGGUCGAGUUUAAACGAUAACAUGGAUAAUAAAGACCAUACGAAUUGUAAAAUUUCGAACAGCAAAAAUACACUAAUUAUAUU